UUAAACUGAUAAUCAUUUGGAAAACAACAGGUAAUCAUUCGCGUUUCGAACAUUUCAUCCUCAUUUCUCAACAAUUGUUCCCAGGCCUUUCCCAAAACACUGAUAACGAGGCAGAUAAACAAUGUUUUUUUCUGACGUAACGAGGCGCCAAAACAGAGUUUUGGUCAUCUAAAAUGAUGUUCAAAGCGACGAUAUGAAGAAACGGCGAUGGAAACGUAAUCAAAAUUGAGCCAGAAAGCUACUUAGCUUCCUCAUCUUCAGUUCUGGAGAUCGAAAAGAGCUUUCUUUAGCUCUAGAUGAUGUCUGUGGACUCGGUUGCAAGACGAAUUUCGCGCGGUGGUGGGAUUGUCGUUCGACCUCAAGCAAUAAGCGACAAGUCCUACGUGGAAAGCGUGGUAAACUUCCUACAAGACGUCGUACCCCAGGCUGUCACAGGAGUUAAACAGGAAGAGAAAGAGAGGGUGUUAUGGGUUAAGUUUGAGGAAGCAGACAUCAAUGAUAAUACGCUUAACCAGGAAGAGAUUUCAUCAGGAGUGGGUGUACCAUUACUAUUGAUUCUUGGUUACACUAAUGGCUUUCAUGUCUGGACCAUCCCAUCAACUGGUGAAGCACAGGAGGUGUUAUCUCUUCGUCAAGGGCCUGUAAGACUUGUGCGCAUGCUCAAGACACCACUAGAAGCAACAAAGGCAAAGGACGAGUUUGCAGAUGUCAGACCUCUUUUUGCUGUAUGUGAUGCUGCAAGCCCCUCCCUGCCAUUCUCCACCGUUAAUUUGUGGUCCCUCAGCAGUGGUGAGCAGGUCCACUCAAUUGGCUUCAAGUCUGAGGUGUAUGAUGUACUUUGCAAUAGAAGGUUAAUGGUUGUUGCUCUUCAGGAAAAGAUUGCAGCCUUUGAUGCAUGUACCUUCAAAAACUGUUUCUGCAUAACAAGUUGCUACCCAGCCCCAAGCCCUAACCUCAACCCAUUGGCUCUGAGUACCAGAUGGCUGGCAUAUGCAGAUCGCAAGUUGGUACCUAAUCAUCAGUCCUGUGGGGGAGUGUGUGGGGAUAAUUCCCAGUCAUAUACAGCCACAGUCAUUAGUGCUGCCAAGUCAAUCACUAGAGGUCUGACAAUUUUAGGACGAUGGACAGGGACAGAAAUUUCAAAUGACUAUUUAAACCAAAACUCCACAAUUACACCAGGAGUUGUAACCAUUAUAGACACACAAAAAAUUGGAAAUGGAGAGUUCUGUGUACAAGAGGAUGACCAUGAAGGCACCGGCAUAGUGGCCCAUUUUCUUGCCCAUGCAGGACAGCCCCUAUCUUGCAUGUCCUUUGACCCCAGCGGUUCACUGUUGUUGACUGCAGACGUUCUGGGAAACAAUUUCCACGUGUAUCAUAUUCUACCACAUCCCAUUUGUCCUUCAUUAAGCGCUGUUCAUCAUUUGUACACUCUGCACAGAGGCGACACCACUGCAACAGUGCACGGAAUGGCAUUUUCCUUCGACAGUCGAUGGGUUGCUGUAUCAACUGUCCGUGGAACUGUGCAUGUUUUUCCAAUUACUUCGUACGGAGGUCCCAUAACAGUCCGCACCCAUUCUUCGCGUCGUGUUGUAAACCGCAGCAGUCGGUUCCACACCAGCGCUGGAUUGGAUGACCUUGACCAGGCGACCACAGGCUCAGGUAGACACAGUCCAUGCAACGGCACAGUGCCCAACCUUUCUUGUUCACCCAACGGAAGCCCACUCAGCUCCACAGGGACCCCACUGGCAAGAGAAUCCUUAACAUCCACUUCAACCAGCAACAAUGGUUUGGUAAAUCCCCGCCUCCCUCCUCUCCCUCAUUCCUACCUUGUGCAUCCCUUAGCGCAAAUAAGGACCCCUGAUGGCCCACGAUGCGGUGGAUCUUGCUGCACUCAGAGCUCUAACAAGUGUAAUGGCCGUGUGGGCUUGGAAUAUUCAGUGGGUGCGGCAAUGACGUUUGCUCCUUCUAGGGGAUGGUUAGGUGGAAGUUCGAACAGUACCAGAGCAGAACCUUGCAGAUCUUCAGCUGUUGACUCGCUUUUUAUACUUGACCUCCAUGGGAACUUGACAGAGUACGUUCUGGAACCACAGGCAGUGAAAACUGUUCCACAGAGUGAUGACACCCCCCUGGAUCUCAGCACUACUGCAAGAGCGCAGUGGACGCUUGCCAGGUGUGUUACUUGGCCUGAAAGCAAAAGUCCAGUGAUCAGAGAUGUUGGUCUGUUGCUGGGGCGCCUAAAAGUUUCUCCCAGUGAGCUUAGUAACCACACCGUCAAACAAGAAAAGAAAAUCGGCAAGGAGAGUGAAUCUCGCAUCUCGGACGAUCAGUGGCUGGCAAAUAUAGACAUGGAGACUCACUCUGCCCCUCAUCGGCGACUAUGGAUGGGACCACAGUUCUCUUUCAAGACUUACCAACCGCCAGGCUCUUCAUCAGCUUCAUCCACCCAUAGCUUAGGAGACUUCAGGUCUGGGUGCUCAGGUAGUGGGGCCACUAUAGCAGCUCAUAACAGGGACGGCCACUCCAUGGGCUUCUUCUCUGAAGAACUGGAUUUGCAGAGUUUGAGAAUGCAGCCUGUUCGUUCGGAUCCAGUGCCCACUCCAUCAGGUCAGUUCGCGUUCACUGGAUGUGCGUCGCCGAAUUUAGGGGGGAGCAUGCCACUUAUUGUUGACAAUGGCCCAGGAAGUCUGAACGACCCUUGGCCGGGCUUGAACAACGAUAUGUUCGAGGACAAAGAAGAGCAACUUGUGGAAACAUUGGCAGACGCCAUGAACGACAACGCGCUCUUACCCGUUAAAAACGACAAGAAAAGAACAACUUCAAUUAACGGAGAAAAUCAAUUCCAAUUUCAAUCAGAUUUUCGGGGGGGAGGUGUAAACGCGUUUGCUUCUUGCUCCCCCGCUGAAACUAGCCCGCUGUUCCCUCCCGAUUAUAAUAAUUGGUCUUAAGGAAGAUUGGACAGAUUGAUUUGUCUUAUAUAAAGGUAGCUGUUAAGUGUUAGCAGAGAUUAAUAUAUACUAGCAUCAAUAACUACUGAAAAUAACUUAAACAAAAAAUAUAUGAAAAGUAAUCUUAUUCCAUGAGAUAAUUUGGUUAGGUUUUCUCGAGUGUGAUAUCUCUCUUCGGCUUUCACUUGCUGAAGCGACAAUUCAAGUUAGAGAGACCUUUUGUCAUCACUUAGAGAACCGAUUUGUAAUAGACUUCUUUCCCACACUUCGGGUAUUUAUUUCAUGAAUGUAAUCACAAUCCUUACUUUUAAAUUUCCUACUGCCUGGUGCAUCGCUUGUGAGAAAUAGAAAAAGCCAAAGUUUUGAUAAUUUUUAGGGCAUCGACAUGCACUGGAUGUGUUUCUAACUUUCUAACUGCUCUGGACUUUUGAGUGUCCUUCGUGUGUAUUUUAUGGGUUGUAAAGGUGCAUAAAAUAACAAAGAAAAAUAUAUAAAAUAUUGAAAAUGUAAAAAAAUGUAUAAAAUGGAAAAAAGUCCCUGGAUUCUGGCCGCACUGUAAAGGGGCAAAUUUAUUUAUCACAACUGUAAAUUGAUGUAUAGUUUUCCAACCGUUAAACGUCGGUUUUGCUGAAGUUUAGUUCUGGUUUUUACGAUUUAACUAAGGAUAUUUGAGUAGCUCUGUGUGAAUAGUGUUUAUAAAAAUCAAAGAGCAAUUGAUCAAUCUGUGUUCUUGACCUGAAAUAGUGUCAUUAUCAAUCAAGGAAUUUUAUUGAUCGUUCUGUUCUUGGUCUUGUAUGAUAAUGUUAAAAGAAGGCUUCUGUUUCCCUUUCUAGCUGUAAAUAGGGAUUUUGUAAACUUUUCAAUCUGAAUUUUAUGUGAAAUGGCCAACUGUAACUUCCUUGAAAUAGUAAAAGGGUUAAUUUAUGAACAAGCCUUAUACAGUUAACUGUAGAUAUAAACAGAAUCCAACGGGAAAAAAAAGAUUGUCUCUAUAUUUUUAAAAUAUUCAUGGGUGAAGAAACAAUAAAACGUCAUAUGAAGCUUAAAA